AUGAACACUGGACAUGGGACUUCCCCACAAGAAAUAGCUAUCAUCGAUACUGUCGAACCUGCAGGCGUUCAAGGCUUGGUCAUAAACAACUGCCCCUUCACCAUCUACGUCCGACAAGCCGUCGCCGAAUUCCCAUCCUCGCGACCAACCGAGCCAUGUGCGCACUUCGGCGAGACGACCGAACGCACCAUCGCCCCGGGCGAAACAUAUAACGCGCCGUUUCUGGCGGCAAAGGACACUUGUGGGCAUUCUCUGAAAAUGUCCCGUACCCCCAACGCGUUCGAAGUCUACCAGCUCGAAUACAACUGGUCGCUUGAAAACGACGAACUAUGGUACAAUCUUAGUUCCGACACUGCAGCGCCAUUCGACGACGUUGCAAGAGCGGUCCAUACACAGGCGGGAGAUUGUGCGAAGUUUUCCUGCACACCUGGUGAGCUUGGGCCGGGCGUGUGCGAUUACCCGGUUUUGGCGGCUUGUAAGAACAAGGAGGGCAUAGUGGCGGUGCUUUGCUGA